AUGAACGUCCUUAAAAAAAUUGUCAUACCAAGAACAAAUGUUACUAUUGGAUACAUAUUAAUGGAAUUAGAGGAAAUGGCUAGAGAAGAGUUCUGCAGAUUAAAAAAAGUUAAAGAAAACAAGAACAUAGAUAGUAACGAGAGAGAAAUGAACAAUCAAUCAACAGAUACAGCAGAUCAUACUACAUCAUUUAAUAAUAAUUCUAAUAAUAUUGCAAAAUUAGAAAAAAAAGCGUUUGUUGUAAAUGUUGAAACAAAUGGUUAUAUGAAGCCUGAAAGGGAGACAGAUGUAGAAAUAAAUAAAUUUCAAAUUGCUUCAUCUAGCAAGACAUCAUCAAUCGAAAUAGAUUUUCAAGAAAAAAUGUUUCAUGUAAAAGAAUAUUUUGAAGAAUUAGUUUUACGGACUAAAGAACUUAUACAAAAAGGUGACGAUUCCUUGGAAACAAGCAAGUUCUUGAAAAAGUAUGAAAAUGCUAACAAAAAACUUGAUUAUUUGCUCAAUGAAGAUGAUUAUGCAGUAUUAGAUAAACUCUUAAAUCGUAAAAUGCAACACUUAAAGUGUCAUCUUCGUGAGAUAAUUGAUGUCACUAAUAAAGAAGAUAAAAAACAGAUAAAUUCAUCAUCAUUUGCAGAUAAUAAUUAUCAGACGAAAAGAAAAGAAUACAACCAAUCGAUAAUUUUACCACGAGACGAAAAGGUUGAGGCAAAAUAUGAAGAAAAUGUUAUCAAAUUACAAGAAUUCCAAGAUAUAAUAUCGGGUGUCGAGAAGAUUACAGCCGCAUAUAUUAAACAAGGACUAUUGCCACCAAGUAUGGAGGCAUUUGUAAAAUCUUGUGAUGAGAUGAGAUCUAAAAUAAAUAACUAUGUUAAACGUGAUAAUACUAAUAAUAAUAAUAAUAAAGAUUUAAAACAAUUAGUUUAUGGUUUAGAAAAAAAUAAGUCAAACUUAUCCAAGAACACUGAAAUACACAAUGAAAGUGCUUCUUACUAUUCGAGCAAGCUCAAGGGACAUACAGCUGAAUUAGGUGAGAACAGUUUACGAAGUAUGGAGACUACGAAGAAUAACAGUAUAGAUGAUUUGAUAAAUUCAUUCAAUAAGAUGGAAUGUUGUGUAGAUAAAGACUAUAAAAAUGUACAAAAGUUUCAUCAUGUUCAAAUAAAUUUAGAGGAAAUUAUAAAUUUAAUAGAGAAGAUUAAAUUGGAACAAAAAGAUAGCCUUGAGAGAUUCUUUAAAGCAUCUGAAGAUGUAGCGGAGACAAAACAAACGACUAACCGGUCAAGCAGUCCAUUACAUUUUUAUAAUGAAGAUUCAACACGUCAACGUAAAGACGAUAGUACUAAUAGUCCUCAAUCUGAAAAAUUAUCAAUCGUGGAACGAGUAAUUGAACAGAACGUUCCUAAUGAGACAAUUCCUUGCAACUUUUGUAAGGAUUUCGUAAACAUAAACGAAUCUGUAAUUGAAACUAUUUGUUCUAUUUGUGUACACCCAAGAGAAGAAGAAAUAAGUACAAUAAUAUCUACUCACACAUUAGAAAAAUCGGAAAAAAAUAGAUGUGGACUGUGCAAAAAAAUAAUCGAAGACAAGGUAGUUAAAGAUGAUGUGAUUAAAACAAAAGAAAGUGAAGGAACACAAACUGAAGUUAAAAAUAGUAGUGUUCCUCGACUCAACUUAAGCUGUCACUACAUACUUUCUGAAUUAGAAGAAACUGAGAGAGAAGAUAAUUUUAGACUCAAAAGAUUUAAAGAACUAAAGGUUAAAAAGGCUGAAGGUAAGGAACAGUCUAUAAUAACAGAGAGAAUUAUUGAAAAGGAGAUGUGUGAAUGUACACUUAGUUUUGAAACUAAAGAGCUUGUAGAUGAAUUUCUUUAUAAUGAUACAAAUCAAGAAGAAAUAGAUCCAAACACAGAAUUUGAAGAACUUGAAAGUAAUAUCACUGAAUACAAAUUUAACGAAACAGCAGUUGAUAAAGAACAAUGUAUUAUUUGUAACGGCUUUGAAGAAUCACUAGGUAAAACAAAUGAUCCUGAUGAUAAAACAGAAAAUAGGCAAGAAAUUCAAGAAAAUCAGGGGAAGAAAUUUAAUGAAACACUUUUUGGUAGAGAUGAAACAAAAAGUAUAAAAUUUUUUGAUCAUAGAGAAAUUACAUCUCCUAUAGAGAGCCUUUUGUCGACACAAGGCAAAGAUAAAGAAGAACAGAAAACAUGUCCCAAUUGUUUACAAUUGAAAGACAAAGUAAAACUAGACAAAAUAAAUAAUUACGAGGAAAAUAUAUGUCCUAAUAGUAAAAAGAAUGAAGAGUUUAUUAAAGAAGAGCACAUAUCAAAAGAUGAUAAUUUAUGUCCUAGUUGUAAAAAAAAGAAGAGUAUUGAAUUUAUUGAUAUAAGAAAUAUGCUAUCUCAGACGGAACAGUUGUCAUUACCUAAUAAUGUAUGUCCUAAUUGUAAGAAAAGGAAGAGUACUGAGUUUAUUGAUCAAAGGAAUUUUUCAUCUCCUAUAGAGAUCCCAAAACGAAUUGAUUUAAAAAUCGAAGAUAAUGAAAGUAGUGAAGUUAAAAUUAAUAAACAAGAUUCAAAGAACAAUAAGUACUCUGAUUUAGAAAGAGAAAAACAGAAUUUAUGUCCUAGUUGUAAGAAGGAAAAUAUAAAAAAAUCACAGACAGGAUUAGAUCCACAAAAGGUUCCGUUACAGCUAGGAAUAUCAAAAUCAUUAGACAAUAACAAUACAGAUAAUAAAAUAAAAAAUAUGUGUCCUUUUUGUAAAAAUAAUAAGUUGAAGUCUAGAAGUGCAGACAUUGAUCAAAACAAUUUCUUACAAUUAAUCGAUAAUAGUGAAAAGAAAUUUGAUUCAAUGAGUAAAGAGAAGCAUGUGUGUCCAAGUUGUAAAAACAAUAACACAAAAAAAGAUCACAACAUACCUUAUAAAGGAGUUUCAACAGCAUUAAGUCAAAACAGUACAGAAUUUGGCCGCAAAACCAUAGAUAAACAUAUAUGUCCUGGUUGUAUGCCUUGCGAUAUAAAACAAGAUAAAAAUUCAAAGUCUGAUAUAGAUAAUAAUAAAUUUAAUAUGAAAUAUAAAAAAGACAAUAAAGUAUGCCCUGGCUGUAAUUUUGACGAUAAUUAUAGGAAAUAUUUCAAUAAAACAAAUAAGAAGGAAAUAAAAGAAAGUGAAAAUGUAGAUUAUGCUCACGAUCAAAGAAGUAUUGAAGAAAAUGAGAGUACUAAAUAUUGUCCUGCCUGUAAAACUCCUGCCAUGAAAUAUUAUAACACUUGUGAUUGCGGUAUAUCUGACAUAUUGUCAGACAUUCAGAUAUCUGAAAGUGACGAAUAUGAUAAAGCUCUUUCCGAAACAUGUUCACUGUGUGAAAGAAUGAGACUAUCCAAAACAGAUCGUUCUUCCUGCAGUUUUAAGUCAAAUAUAACAAAUAAACAAAUACAUCAAACACGUACUGAUAACACCAGUGAAACUGUAGAAACUAUUAAUAAAAUUGUUAAGCUUAAAAGACUUCCCGGUACUGAUGGCAUUAUUCGCGAAGAAAUCACGAUUAAAACUAGAAGAACACAAGAACACGUCUUUCCCAACUCCUCAGACAGUGAUAAAUAUAUCAAAAAACCUAUAGAAAUACCUGAAAAAUCUAUUAAGCAAACAAAGUCCGAAAACAUAAACCAGAGUAAAAUGAAUGUGUCUAGUAGAAUUUCCUCUAUUCCUACUAAAGUUUCAUGCUUAUCUUCAUGUUCAAUUCCUAUAUUUGAAAAACAUAGUAAAAGUAGCUCUGGUGAAGCUUUACACAUUAUAUCUCAAUCAGUUCCAGUUAGUUCUCAAAAUUUGAAUUCAAGUCAAUGCAAUAAAACAUGUAUGAAAAACAGGUAUACAGAAUCCAGUAAUAAAAGUACAACAAAUUGUAUGAUUUGUCAAAACACUGAAAUAACUGAGUCAAAUGUAUCCUUGACUAAAUCAUGUAGAGCUAGCAAAUGUAGCAAAGACAUGACGAAAGUAAAGUCUAACAAUAAUAGCUGCUGUAAAAUAAAAAUUAUAAAUAAAGAUAAAAAUUCAAAAGAAAAUAGUGAUGAAGAAGAAAUUGAACUUACACUAAGUACUAUCGUUAUUCUAAAGAAAAUUUUAUCGUAUACAAGUAAAUCGGCUGCCAGUUGUUGUAGGUCAAUUGAAACAGAUCAAAAACAACCUCAGAAAUCGAACGAUGGGUCCAAAGCUAAAGUUUCUUCAGAUAUUAACUCAGUUAAAUCAGAGCCUUGUAUGCAAAAAAGUAUAAAAGAAUUAUUCGAUAAAAAAUUACGUAAAACGGAACCAAAUUGUAAUACAUGUGAUUCGAAAAACGUGAGUAAGCCUCAAGAAGAUAUACCUACAAAAGAUAGAACUUUGCAUUGUUUCUCCUGGUCAAACAAAGAUUUAAAGCCGGAAAAACCAAAAUUAGAUCCAUCAAUAAAACUUAAACAAUCUGCGAAUAUUGAAACUCAUUCAGAAAUUCAUGAUAAAAUAAGUUCAUGCAAACAGGAAAAUCAAAAAACUAUAGAAGAAAAAACGGAGAAAAUGAAGACUGAUACUAACAAUUGUCAUGAAAGUGAUAAAACUAAGGAAUCAAAAGAUAAUUCUUCAGAAAUAAAAGAUAAAGAGCAAACGUCUAAGUAUGUUUGUAAUAAGACCACAACAUGUGAAAAUAAAUCAUGUCAAACAAGACAGCAACAUCAUAGUCGUGAAUUGAAAGAAAAGUCUGAAAGUAAUAAGAGCAUUAAAACUAAUUCGAAGUGUCCUCACACUGAAUUUUGUUGCACUUGUAAAAAGAAACUUGAAAAUGAAGUUCAAAAGACAUGCACAUGCUCUAAAAUGAAACUUAUCUCACAUACUGUCAAUAAAACAUGUACUUGCAUGAAAGCUGAACCUAAGUCUUCAAAAAUAGUUAUGAAUUUAUCUAAGGGUAAUUGCUCCUGUAAUGAACAAACUCCCCAUUCGGUAGAUAUAUCUUCUUCGAAACGAUCUAAUCACUCAGAUAGCUGCACUGGGAGUGUUGAAACUUUGUCAAUAGCCAAUCAGACGUGCCUAAUGGAUAGAUUGUCAGAUGAUAUUAACAAGAAAUGUGGCUGUUUAUGUUUAGAGAAAAGUAAUCUAAAAGACAUUACAAGAGAGACUGAGAAAAAGUUAUCAUGUUCAAAGUCUAUGAUAGCUAUGCAGAGAGAUGAUAGCGAGCUAUGUACCUGUAAUAAAAAUAUUUCAGCAAAUGGUAGAAUAGUAGAGAAAAAGUGUUCUGAUAUUAAUAAGUCAGUUUCACGCGAAUGUAGCUGUGUGUCAGGUAUUGAUGCUAAAAAACUUGAAGCAGAACAUCCUUGUGCUUGUCAUCAAGCUAAUAAUAUUCACAAAUCAAAAGAAACAGAAAUAAAAAAAGAAUGUCAAUGUCAAAAACAUGCUCAUUCCAAAACUAAUAUUUGUAGUUGUCAGCAGUUAAAGACAAGCAAUAGCAGUAAUAAAAAGCAAAAACCAAAAUGUUUAUGUGAAUCUUCAUCCAAACAAUCAAUACACCCAAUUGAAAAUAGAGAUACAGUAUCUAGUGGUAGUCAGACAUGUUCAAAAUGUUUGUCAACAGAUCAGGACCUAAAACUCACGAAUGAGGUAUGCUCUUGUACAAAACAUAAACCUAAGCAUGAUGGACAUAACAUUACCAACCAUAGAGAAUGUUCGUGUUCCUCAAUUGAAACAGCCCUGUUCGAUACUGUAAAUUCACCUAAAAACUAUAAUUGUCAGGCUGAAAAAACACCACCAUCAUCAUACAAGCAAGAAUGUUCUAAGACCAGUGACGUAGAAAAGACACACAGCUGUAAAAAAACGCGUGAAUUAAGACAACCAUGUGCAUGUUCUCAGACUAAGUCGGAUACAAGUAAAGAUCACAGUCAAUCAAGUAGAAUAAGUUCUAAAACUUGUAAAGAUGCGCAGCCUCAAUCGAAAAAGAGUAAUAAAAAUCAUUCCCGCGAGUGUAGUUGUCGAUCAUCUAAAAAUAAAAUUGAGUCAGAUUCAGAAAAAAGUUUUGAUUCUUUCCAAUCACUAGUUAAAACUUCUUGCUCAUGUCGUGAACAUAAUCCACAUAAAACGAAUGAAAAACACCAUGAUGUAACUAAUAAAACAGAAGAAACUCCACCGUGUAGCUGUCAUGCAGCUGAUCAAAAAAGUGGCAGCUGUGCUAAGCAUCAACCAUAUAUUUCAAAAACAGAGACGGAUACCAAAUAUAGUUGUGGUUCAUCGGAAAAUAGUUUCAAACCAAGUGUAUCCUUUGAAACUGAAAUAGGAAAAGUAUCUUUGACCGGUGGUAGCCACAAAUCACAAUGCACUUGCAAAUCUAAGCAAAAUAAAGAAAAUUUGAAACAAACAUGUCUAAUAAGUAAAAAAGAAAUAUCCAAACCAUGUAGCUGUAAAGAAACUAAACCAAAAAUGACUAAAGCUUGCACAAAUGAAAUGGCAGCAUCCCCAAAAUGUCCUUGUGAAUCAUCCAAACAAUCUCCUUCGAUCGCUUCUAAUCAAAGUACAGAACCUAUAUCUGUAGGAAGCCAAACAUGUUCAUACAGGUGUGCAUCCAUUCAAACAUCCCAAAAGUCGAUCAGAUUUUCCUAUGAUGUUUCACCAACUCCAAAAAUCAAAUCUGAUAGCACGUUACCUACUGACAGCUCAUGUUCUUUGAAAAGCUGUCUUUCAAGUCAAAGUCAAUUUUCGCAAUGCUCCUGCGGGAAGAAAGAAGUUUCCACUUCGACGAAACGAUCAGAUCGGUAUGAUGUUCGAACCUUGAGAGAUUUACCAGUGGAACCAAAACCCAAAAAACUUGACUGCCCCUGCCAAUCUGACUCCGCCGUUUUGAAAAGUAAGAAACCUAGAAACUUUAAUCCUGUUGGCAAAUGUUGUUCUUUACACGAUUCACAUUAUUUCAGAUAU